AUGGCUCCCAAGAAGAAGAAAACCAAGGCGGCUGCCAAUUCAGCCAGAGGGUUUGCUACUACUUCACAACCCUCCAAACCCAGGGUGGUAGAUGCUGUUGGACAAGAUGCCGAGACGCCUACCAGCAGUGGCAUGUCCACACCUAGUCAACCCAAGGGUCCAGGCGUUGGUGAUGGCAAAUCAAACGGAAUGACCAAAGAAACAUCCUCCAUUCAACACAUGACUCCCGAGGAGCUUGAGCGACACUUAGAGGAUGCUGAGCUGCAGGAUCUGCUCGAUCGCACUGGUGCCCGUUGCAGAGCUGAAAGCUCUCGACACGUAUCUAGACUCAAGGCAGAGCGUCGUCAGCUUCGGUCACAGUCUCACAAGCUAUUCACUGACGAAUGGCUUAAUGAAGCUGCUAUCGAUCGCAUGCUUGCUUGGGAAAGUAAUGCCAAUGAUGAACAGGUACAUGCGUCAGAUGAAGCCCUUCGAAGUGAAGACGAAAAGGUUGUCACUGAUCUAUGGAUUCUGCACCGAGUGCUCACUAGCCUCGGUCUCCCCGCAGUGGGCGAAGCUGUAGCUUAUGUUGUUCAACUUGCAAGUCGCCAACGGCUGGUCCAAGCCAGCUUUACGCUCUUUGGUCUCACAGAAGCAUUGGAUUGGUACGCUCGACGCUUCCUCCAGAGUGAGCUUCCUGACUAUGAGGAGCAAGUUUCUCAACGCCCAACUACGCCAACGGAUGAAACAAACGAGAAGACUGCUGAAGCUCCGGCUCAUCCAGGUACGGGGUUGACUUUACCUGAAUCCACGCCAGCUGAACAGCCUUCGUCAGAAGUGCGGCGGAAGGAUGAACCUGAUCCCGGUAAUAGCGCCGAGCAAAUUAGGAACAGCUCCGAUGAAAACGAGGUAUCCGAGGAUGAUUUCGAUGAAGAUGAUCCUACCAAAUUGGUAGGCCGAUGGGUGCGGCUGCAGGGCCACUUAUGGCAGCGCAUAAACCCAGAUGACACGAGCAAACGUCCGAACGCCAUGAAGGUCCGACGACUGCAGGCAAAAAUCUCGGCCAUCGAACGCGACAUCCUCUUUGAGAAGCACGUUGCUGAGUCGAUGUGGUGGCCAAUGCAGAUCGAAUUGCAGAGAGCACAGGGGCAAAGAAAGCGGGAGAACCAGGCUGCCAGACCUCAACGAAAUAUCGAAGCACAGUCAGCGCAUGACGAGAUCUCAAAAACAGCCAGCGAGGAAGAGGAAGAGGCCGAUGUCUUCGGCACCAUGUUUGGGGGCGAUGAUACUGGGCAGACGGACGCCGGCACUGUCGGAAGUCAACACGUUCGCAUCAUCGACUUCGGCUCUUACACAGGUCUAUCUCCUCAUCAACUACUAGUACAAACUUGCGAGAAGCUUGAUCCGAAAGUUAGGAUCAAGCCCACCACGCUCCACAAGACAGGAUAUUCAACCCGCCACUCUCUCGAAUGCAGAUGGUCUAAAACGCAAACGCCAGAACAGUUUGCCGUACAGGCCUUGCCCGAUGGAGUUGUGUCAUCAAUCGAUGGACGCCUGUGGACGGUUGAAAUGCAGACAAUUGCAGCUUCUACAGUUACUUCGUCACUGGACUACAUAUCCUUGGUAAUGCUUUUCCUUGUGUUGUCCAUACCAGGCCAAGACGCGAAAGCCUCAAGCCGGUUGCCAUCUGCCUGGACCAAACACUUCUCUGGUCUAUGUGCGGAGCAGAAGAAGCUCUCUGAAGCAAGUGAUAAGGUUUUACUCAAAGAGCUACGUGGUAUGAUCAUGAAAGUUCAAGAAGACUCCCAGAAGGCACCCUCAAAGCCAUACUCACGCGAGGUGAGCAAGCAGCCUGUACCAUACCGCACACGCAAGGACGACCGUCCAGCAACAUCAUCGAAGAUGACAGAAGAUGAAGCCCGUGCAGCUUGGCACAUGCGCGCAACCAGCUCAGCCUAUCAUGCCAUGCUCUCCCAACGCAAUCAGCUUCCCAUCUACAACCAGAAAUCGCACAUACUCCAAGCCAUCGCUGCGAACCCUGUGACCAUCAUCUGCGCUGAGACUGGCUCCGGCAAGUCGACACAAGCUGGUACCUACCUUCUGGAACAGCAGCUGUCAGCUGGCCGCGACAUCCGCAUCCUCGUCACCCAACCGCGCCGCAUCUCCGCAAUUUCUCUUGCACGGCGCAUCUCGCAAGAGAUCGGCGAAGGGCGUAAUGACCUCGGCACCAGCAAGUCGCUGAUCGGUUAUGCAAUUCGCCUUGAGAGCAAGACUAGCGAGAGCACUCGUCUGACGUUCGCCACCACCGGCGUGCUGCUUCGCAUGCUGGAGACGAGUCCUACGCUGGAGGGUCUGGACUAUCUGAUACUAGAUGAAGUGCACGAAAGGAGCAUGGAGAUGGAUCUGGCAUUUAUCGCACUGAGGAGACUGCUGCAAGUGCGACCGGGGCUGAAGAUAAUCCUGAUGUCAGCAACAGUGAACGCGCAGCAAUUCUCCCAAUACUUUGAGGGUGCCCCAGUACUGGAUGUCGAGGGGCGGACGUUCCCCGUGACCGUGAAGUAUCUGGAGGAUGCACUGGAGGCAACCAAUGAUGUCGGAGGAGUUGCAAAGGAAAUCGUCCUCGAGCCUGAUGACAAUGGCGGCGACGAUUCAGACGAGGAGCCCAGAGAAGCCAGCAAAGGCGCCGACACCCUCCAGAGCUACAGCAAAGCCACCGUCCGCCGCCUGACCAGCAUGGACGAAUAUCGCAUCGACUACCCGCUCAUCGUCAAACUCGCCACUGCUAUCGCUACCAAAACAGCCUACAGCGCUUUCUCCCGUGCAAUCCUCAUCUUCCUACCGGGUCUUGCAGAAAUACGCCGCCUCAGCAACGCCCUUCUCAACAGCCCGACCUUCGCUCACAAUUGGGAAGUCCACACCCUGCACUCAUCCUUCUCAACCUCUGACCUCGAACGCGCCUUCGCGGCCCCACCCCCGGGCCACCGCAAAAUCGUCCUCGCGACCAACAUUGCCGAAACGGGCCUGACAAUUCCAGACAUCACCGCCGUCAUCGACACCUGCAAGGAGAAAAUCAUGCGCUUCGACGCCCGCCGCCAGGUAUCACGGCUAAGCGAAUCUUUCAUCGCGCGAAGCUCAGCUCGCCAGCGUCGUGGCCGCGCCGCCCGCGUGCAGCCGGGCUUGUGUUUCCACCUCGUCACGCAACACCGCUUCGAGCACGGCCUACUGGAGCAGCAGGUCCCGGAGAUGCUGCGUCUCAGUCUGGCCGAGACAAUCAUGCGCAUCGAGCUGUGGGACCAAGGACCCAGCGGGGGCUUGGGGUUCGCCUCAUCUUCAAUCGCCGAGACACUCGAGCAGGCGCUGGACGCACCGUCCAAGAAGAGCGUCGCCCGCGCCGUCGAGCGCCUCAAGGAGGCCGGCGCCCUAGACGCCGUAGAGCGUCUCACACCACUAGGCCAGCGUCUCGCCCGUCUGCCGCUCGAUGUCGCGCUGGGGAAGCUGGCCGUGCUGGGCGCCGCGUUCCGCUGUCUGGACCCCAUCGUCACCAUCAUCGCGCUCAUGACCUCCAAAAGCAUCUUCGCAACCAACACGAACAGCAACGGCAGCAAAGGCGCCUCUGGCCCCAGCGGCAUGAGCACGCUCACCGGCAAAGCCGCCUUCGCCCGCGGCGACAGCGACGUCCUCACCACGCUCGGCGCCUACACCGCGUACCAGCGCGCCAAGGCGCAGGGCCAGGGCGCGGACUUUGCGCGCCGCCACGGCCUGCUGAACCUCGCGGACAUCGAAGACACCCGCGUCCAGCUAUGCGUGUAUCUCGCCGAUGGCGGCGUCCUAAGCCUAUCUCGAGAGGAGCGCGCCGCACUCAACCGCGCUCGUGUAAGCACCGGCGGCGCCGGCGCCGGCGCCAUGAGAAACAGGGGUGGGCGGGCCUCAGCCGGCGCUGCUGCACCAACGUACGUCCUGCCGGAGUGGUACAACGUCCCCAUCAGCGACGACCUGCUCCUCAGCCUCAUCGCGGCGGCGUUCUACCCACGCCUCCUGCUGCGCGAGGGGAAAGGUUACCGCAACGUCUUCAGCAACCAGGUCGUGGCGCCCGCGCGCGGGAGCGUGGUGCGCGACCUCGCCAAGCCGCCGAAAUGGCUGUGUUAUGCUGAGGCGGUGCAGACGCGAUCCGCGGGCCAGGGCGCGGGAGCUGGACCGGCGGUGCAGGUUAGGGAGGUGGGCAGGGUGCCGGAUUUGGGGAUGGCGCUGCUGUUGGGAUUGGGGAUGGGGAUGGGGCCGCAGGGCGAAACGGCGGCGGAGACGAGUGUGUUUUCGGGCGUGAUUAGUUUGGAUGGGCGGGUGAGGGUGAGUGUGAGGCGGUGGAGGGAGGCGUUGGCGGUGAAGGUGUUGAGGAGGAGGGUGAAGGAGCUGUUGGAGGGACGGUGGAGGAGGAUGGGCCGAGAUGGGGCGGAAUUGGAUGUUGAGGGGGGUGGACUGGGAGAUGUGGACGGGGAGGAAGUCAUUGCGCUGCUGCAUGAGAUGAGUCAGGAUAGAUCAUGA